UACUGCGAAGUUCUUUGGUGUGUACUUGGGAAGUUUUGUUUGUUUACAACCGAAGAAAACAUUCUCUCAAACAUGCCGACUUAUGAAAUGCCAUUAUUAAUUAAAACACUUAGUCGGCCAGAAACAUUUGUUGUACUGAAACGUGCAAGUCAAACAAUAUUUGAUAAAGGUGGUGUCAUACGAAAGAUUGAAAAUCUUGGGACACGCCAGUUGCCUUUCAAAAUUAGAAAGCAUGGUCUUGUUGAGAAAAAAGCCAGUUACUUUUUGAUUGAGUUUGACACUUCACCAAAAACAAUAGACUACUUGAUUGACGAAUUUCACAGAGAUGUAGACGUCCUGCGUUCCAGGAUUUACAGGUCACAUGAAAAAGAAGAGUUUGAGUGCACAUUUGAAGAGGAGUGCCUGCCUGCAGCAUACAGGAAAGAUGUUCAGAAGUUGUUAGAAAUAGCAAAAAAAGAUGCAAAACCAAAGUUCAAACCAAAUACGUCUCUGGAUUACUAUCCAUUCAACAAGUAGUGAGGAAGAAACAUGAGAAUUUAGCAGCAGUUCUAUGAUAUAUUUCCACUGUUUUGUCAUUGGACAUCAGCUUUUAAGAAAAAGAAAAAAAUCUAAUUCCAAAAAUAUUAGUGGUUUUGGACAAUGCUCACAUUGUAAAGUGUCACAUUUAGAAGUCAUCAACUGAUAAUUUUUGUCAAAACUGAUGUGCUUUCAGGCAAUGAAAUGACAUAUUGUCCAGUA